AUGACUAGCAACAAAACAUGACUAAUAAAAAAAGUUUAACGAAAUCGUAACGGCGAAAGGUUCCCUUGACCAGUUAGAAAGCUGCAUUCGCCGGAACCAGAUCUCUCGCUCUCUCGACAUAUACAUAUAUAUCUUUACGUAUAAUAGACCUCUAAAACCCUAGAACAUUCCUAUUCGGUUCCAAAACCAAACCCUAGAACUCCAAUUCAAUCGCGCAAAUCCCUAAUUUGCAUUGUCAAAUUGUGCCGUAAUUUCACUCUCUGGAGAGGAAUUUUUGAAACCUAGGUUUUUAAGCAGAGGAUGUUGAUGGUUGAGAGUGACAAUGGAGGCAAGUAAAGUGGUGAAUAAUGCUGUGCAAAAUGGCAGCUCGAGCGACGGACUGCCUCCUAACCCGCUUACGGGAUCGCCGUCUAAGAAAUCCCUGGUCCGUCACCCAUCUCUGGUGAAGACAAAGAUGUCAAGUAUUUCUGUUGAACCAAGAUUGAGUGUAGAAGGUCAUGAGACCAAGUUCAUUCCUAUUCUUCGCUCUGGAGCGUGGGCAGACAUUGGCUCUCGCUCGAGGAUGGAGGAUGUAUAUGUUUGUGUGGACAAUUUUAUGCAUGAUUAUGGGGUCAAUAAUUUCAAUGAAGAGCCCAAUGCCUUCUAUGGAGUUUUUGAUGGGCAUGGAGGAAAGCAUGCAGCUGACUUCGCAUGCAACCAUUUGCCAAGAUUCAUAGUUAAGGAUGAAGACUUCCCAAGGGAAAUUGAGAGGGCUGUUGCAUCAGCGUUUCUACAAACAGACACUGCUUUUGCAGAAGCUUGCUCAUUGAAUGCUGCCCUUGCUUCUGGUACCACCGUUUUGGCAGCUCUUGUUGUCGGGAGUUCAUUGAUUGUGGCAAAUGCUGGAGAUUGCCGAGCAGUGCUCUGUCGCCGGGGUAAAGCAAUUGAGAUGUCAAGGGAUCACAAACCAGGUUGUGCCUUAGAGAAGAAGCGCAUUGAAUCUUCUGGAGGGUAUGUCUACGAUGGUUACCUCAAUGGACAACUAAACGUUGCUCGUGCUUUAGGGGACUGGCACAUGGAAGGAUUAAAGGGUAGUAGUAGUGGCGGCCCACUUAGUGCAGAGCCUGAAUUUAUGAGGGCAAGACUAACAGAAGAGGAUGAAUUCCUUAUCAUUGGCUGUGAUGGAAUCUGGGAUGUGUUUAUGAGCCAAAAUGCCGUAGAUUUUGCUCGACGAAGGCUUCAGGAACACAAUGACCCAGUCAUAUGUAGCAAGGACCUGGUUGAUGAGGCUUUGAAGAGGAAGAGUGGCGACAAUUUGGCUGUUGUCGUGGUGUGUUUCAAGCGCCAACCUCCUCCUAACUUGGUUGUUCCCCGUUCAAGAGUGCACAGGAGCAUUUCUGCUGAGGGUUUGAAAGAAUUACAGAGCUGCUUGGAUAGUGUGGAAACUUGAGAUGGUGACGAAUGUUUUUUUUUUUUCCUAAGAAUUCCAAAUUGUACUUUAGAUGUUAGGAGAGAACCAUUGUCUAACUGUAACAUAUGCGGCUGCUACACAUUUCAAUGUUUUGUUUGACUUUGAUUUAUUGUAUUACAGUUUAAUUUUUUUCCUUUUGAGAUUUUAGUUGUUGACACUGUCGUACCUGAUGAUGUUGUUUUCCUCGACUUUGAUUUAUCUUAUUCCAAAAUGUCAGAAUUAUUGAUACCA